CGAGUUGGCGGGGAGCGGAGAUGCGGGAGGUGCAGGCCUCGGCCUCGGCCUGCCCGGCUCCGGCCCAGCACAGACGUCAGCGUUCCCGGGACGCGGCCCGCAGCCGCCGAGGCCGGGAGACGGAGCUGAUGUACGAACUGGCCCGGCAACUGCCGCUACCCCACGGCGCCGCCUCGCAUCUCGACAAGGCCUCGGUCAUCAGGGUAGCGCUCAGUUUCCUGCGGCUCCGCUCGCUGCUGCGGCCAGACACAGCCGCCGGUGAACUGGACAUGCACCUCAACGCCUUCUACCUGCGAGCUCUCCACGGCUUCUUCAUGGUGCUGACAGAGGAAGGAGACAUAGUUUACCUGUCGGAGAACGUCAACAGGUUCCUCGGGCUGACCCAGCUCGCUCUGAUUGGACACAGCGUCUUUGAGUUCAUCCACCCGUGCGAUGAGGAGGAGGUGCAGGACCUGCUGACAGCAAGGCAUGGUUUCAAUGUGAAACAGGAAGGUUUUGCUCAGAGAGAGUUCUUCAUGAGGAUGAAAUCGACAUUGGUCAAUGGGAAACGGACUGUUGCCAUCAAAUCAGCAUCCUGGAGAGUGCUGCACUGCACAGGACACAUGAGGAGAUGCACAGUGAACACCAAGGAUCAGAGCGGUGCCUUCCCGGAGCCUCCAAUGUCCUUCUUGCUGCUGAUCUGUGAGCCCAUCCCUGACCCGUCCAACGUCCAGCUUCUGUUGGACAGCAAAUCUUUCCUGAGUCGACACAGCCUGGACAUGAAGUUCACCUACUGUGACCCACGGGCGAGCAAACUGAUUGGUUACCGGCUGCGUGCACUACUGGGACACUCUACCUACGAGUUUUACCAUUCGUUGGACUCUGACCACAUGACCAAGGCCCACCAGACACUGCUCAGUAAGGGACAAGUCACCUCUAGUCAGUACCGUUUCUUGGCCAAGAGCGGAGGGUAUAUUUGGUUGGAGACACAAGCCACCACAAUCUACAGUGGGGACCUCCAGAAGCCGGAAAGCAUUGUCUGCAUUAACUUUGUACUCAGUGCGGUGGAGGACGAGGAGCUCGUCUUCUCCCUGGACCAGUGCCGGAAUCUCCAGGAGCCAGCCGAGGAUUCGGAGGAAACCCCAGACCUCUCCCCCCAGCAGGAGAAUCCCACCGGCGUGGAUGAAUCCACACAUGCAUGCGUCAAUAUCAUUAUCUCCGUGGAUUUCAAAGAACGACUGGAUUCAAGUGCGUUCCACUUCACCAAGAAACUGUCAGAGAGCGGCGAGGAGUCUCUGGCUCCUGAGGAAUUCUGCAGCCCCGCUCUCUGCAAUCUGCUCGCGCCCAUCUUUGACCAUAACGAGGAACAGGCACCCAGCAGCGGCCUGGAGGUGGACGUCCAACCACAGAUUGAGGCUGUGGCCAAACCAGUGCCAUCUGCCGCUGCAACCCCAGGCAGCAGCAGCAGCAGCUCUGAGGCAGAAUCCCAGGACCAGGACCUGGAGUUGUUGGCUCCAUACAUCUCCAUGGAGGAUGACUUCCAGCUGAGCAGCUUUGAGCCGCCACUCGAGGGAGUGGAGAGCCUGAUCUGUCCUGAUGAAAUGGAGCCCAGCGAGGGCUUCAACACAAGGGGUGAUGCUCCAGUUCUGGCCAAGAUGCUGACAGACUCUGAGAGCGAGCAACCUGCCACAACCCAGCCCAGCGAGAGCCUCGGUGCAGCAGCAAACCCAGCCGCCUCCAGCAGUGUAGCCGAACAGGCCUUUAGCCCCGGCAGCCAGCCUCUGGUGUUCAGAGGGCCAGCGUUCACAGCUACAGUGGAGAAGGUUCUCCGCGAGAUAUUCCAGCCUCUGGACCUGUUGGGGAAUGGAGUCGGCACUGGGCAGUGUCCAGAGGCCGGAGCACGGCUUGGGCCCACUGACCGAAUGGAUGCCGGAGCCACAGAGAGUGAGAGCAGCCAGUGCACACUGCCCAAUGACAGGUCACUUGACAAGAUGGGUUUCCAGGGAGACCAGCAGCCUCAGGCUCUUCGCAGCCUGAAGCGCAAACACAGCCAGGAGCACGGGAACAUGAAGGAGUUGGAUAUUUCGGGAGUUGCAGAAAUUCUUGAUGUCACAGGAAAGCGAGUGAGGAAUGUUGCAUCCGCUGAUCCGUUGAUUCCAGUUCCUUUGACACUCACUCUGCACCUGCUGGGGACUGAGAGCUCUAUGCCACCACCCCUGGCCCUUGCUGACUGUGGCAUUGAUGCCCUGCUGGUGGAUAGCCGUCCCCUGCAGGCAGCAGAGUUGCUCACCACCCUGGACCAGGUCUUCUGAGUGACCUCUCUCUCCAGACAAGAACUCAUCUCCAGCAGAUAUCGUCACAGACACAUUGCUCUGCCUCGACCCACAGCGAGGCCUUGGUUCAUCACAGAGCCCACUGCAGCUGACGUUUCACCCAGACUCAGUUACUGGAUGUAACAGGAAACAAUGUGACCACAACCCACAGAAGCUCACCACUUGCAUGAAGUAAAACUCACAUUUCUCCACAGAUCUGUUCCUGUCCAUCCUACCUUACCCAGCAUUUACUAAGCAACUACCUCAGACAGAAAUACUGCAGCUAUGGCAAUGUGAAAUAACAGCAUACUGGCAAUACCCAGGGCAGGCAGCAUUUGUGGAGAAAACUUACACUUGACAACUUCUGCUGUAAUGUCAAAUACAGAAGACAUUGCAGAUCUCUCUAGAUAACAGCAACAACUUGUAUUCAUGUAUUGUCACCGGGAAAUAUUUACUGCAUUAAUGGUGCUAUUAUCAAUCAAGGUUUACGUGAGAUUUGUAGGACUGGGGAGUAAAAGAAAUUGCAAAGCAAAAAAACUUCUGUAAGUUUGUUAUAAAAAAACAAUUGUUGCAGCCGGUCAAACAGCAUCUAGGGGGAGAGAAACAACAUCACUGUUUUGGGCCAUUGACACGUGAAAAAACAAGUGUAUUUUACAUUUCAGGAUGGGAAGGGGUUGCGAGAGAACAAAAAUAUCUUGAACGAGCAAAAAGUUGGUGCUUUAAGGAAAAUCUUCGAGCCAGUGAGUUUUAGGACGGAAAUUCACGAACAAGUACUCAAAGCUGAACUGUGAAAGGCACAUGGCUGGUGUCUCCAAGUUAUUCAAGGGCAGAUGGAAAGUGAGCAGCAGGAAAGCAUAUCCUUGUAGACAGGAGGUAUCAGUCACUCAGUGAAAGCGAUGUAGACUACCGUAGACGGCCUGGGGUGGGAGGAAAUAGAUGAAUCAAAAGCUUGUUAACUUUCAGUUCAACCGCUCUAAUCUUGCCCUGUGAUCCUCUUUCCUUGAUCCUCAAUCUAUUUCAACCCUAACCCCAAGUUUGCCAGGACGUUGCAUUGUGCCUCCCAUUACACAGAAAGCAGAAACAUCCCCUUUCCUGUAGAAGGGCUGACCGUUAAACACACGUGUUCCUUUGCUAUGCAACUUGCAGCCUCUCCCACCAUGGGGCGACAUAACUAGUGCUGUGCUGGAAUCUCCAAACAUUGAACAAUGAUCUCUAGAUCAAAACCACGGAGAUAAAUCACAAGGGCAUUAAAUGAACAAGGUUAUUGUUUAAUACAUUUACGUAUAAAUUAGUUAAGUAGUCAGGAAUUAUCUAGUUGGUGUAGAAGAGUUUUCACUAUCGGAUUGGUGGUAAGAUGGGAUGGGAUUGCAUUGAUAGGAAGAGCAGCCCCUCCAAUGACCAGUGAUCAGAGGCACCAGGCCUGAGAUUAAAAGGUCAAAUGCGUAACCACCCACCAGAUUAAAGAUCACACCUCAACACGCAGUGAUAUCCCUGUCACAGUCGCUCACAAACUGUACUGUCCUCUCGCUGAGUGCAACCAGGAACUGCCUCGUCCCCUCUCCCACCCUCUGAACACAGCACCUCCCGUCACCCCACCCUCGCUGAUUCUACAUCAGACAAGAACAAACCGGCGUGAUUAAUAAUUAUACAAAUAGUGUAGGUAUGAAUGUUCACAAUAGUAGCAUGUGAUGUUGUCAUCAUUUAAUGUUCACCUAAAAUAUGUAAUCCAAGAAUCUCAAUAUUCUGGCAAAUAAAACAAAUGUCACUA